AUGCCUCAGCCAAAUUUUGAAAAUUUGCCUCGAGCGGCAAACGGUCCUCUAAAGUGCCCUCUUGAGGGUGUGGCACUACUACACAAUGCACAGUACAACAAAGGAUCAGCUUUCUCUGCAGAUGAGCGGAAAGCCUUCAAGCUCCAAGGGCUUCUUCCACCGAAUAUUCAAACAUUAGACGAACAAGUGGAACGGGCCUACCAGCAAUACCAAACUCGCCCAGACGACUUGGCUAAGAAUACUUUCUUGGCGAGUAUGAAGGCACAGAGUGAGGUGCUGUUCUAUCAGCUGAUAAAAACGCACCUCAAAGAGAUGUUCGGGGUAAUCUACACUCCAACCGAAGCCGAAGCCAUUCAAAACUAUUCGCGCUUGUUUAGAAAGCCAGAGGGAUGUUUUCUUAACAUCAGAGACCAGGACCAGAUUGAUGAAAUCUUUGAAAAUCUUCCACCAGGUGACAUCGACUACAUCGUUGUCAGUGAUGGAGAGCAGAUUUUAGGUAUUGGUGAUCAGGGUGUAGGUGCAGUACUCAUCUCGUCCGCCAAGCUAGCCAUCACAACCAUCUGCGGUGGUAUUCAUCCAUCCAGAUCGCUUCCCGUGGUGCUUGACUGCGGAACCAAUAAUGAGGAUCUUCUCAAAGAUGACUUGUACCUGGGUCUUCGCCAGCGCAGAGUCCGUGGAGAAGAGUAUGAUGCGUUUGUGGACAGGUUUGUUCACGCCGCGAAGAAGAAGUAUCCAAAUGCGUAUAUUCACUUUGAGGACUUUGGUCUACAGAACGCAAAGCGAAUUCUGGAGAAGUACAGCCUCGAGACUCCUUGCUUCAACGAUGAUAUUCAAGGCACAGGAUGUGUCACAUUAGCCGCCAUGCUUGCCGGUCUUCAUGUGAGCAAAGUCAAGCUAGAAGAUGUUCGGGUUGUAUGUUUUGGGGCUGGAUCAGCCGGUACGGGUAUCGCAGACCAGAUAAGUGAUGCUAUAGCCACCGAGGCGAAUCGGUCCAAAGACGAUGCGACCAAGCAGAUUUGGUGCAUCGAUAAGCACGGUCUCUUGCUGAAGUCUCAAGGAGAUAGCCUCACCCCGGCUCAAAAGUCAUUCGCGAGAGAUGAUAGUGAAUGGACAGAUAGCGACGGUCAAGAUUUGCUGUCUGUGGUGAAGACAGUUAAGCCCCAUGUGCUAAUUGGCACAUCUACUCAGCCCGGUGCAUUUACAGAAGAAAUUGUCAAGGAGAUGGCAAAACAUGUGGAUCAACCAAUCGUGUUUCCCUUGAGCAAUCCAACUCGACUGCAUGAAGCCAAGCCUGAAGAUAUCAAUAAUUGGACAGAAGGCCGAGCAUUGAUCGCGACAGGAAGCCCAUUUCCUCCGGUGAAGUAUCAAGGUGUUGAAAAAGAAAUUGGAGAAUGUAACAACUCUACAGUUUUCCCUGGCAUCGGCUUGGGAGCCAUUCUCUCUCGAACAAGCCAUUUAUCCGUGAAAAUGAUAGUUGCGGCAUCCAAAGCACUCGCAGCGGCGGCUCCUGCUCUCCAAGAUCCAACCAAGCCUCUUCUUCCAGAUGUCGAAGAAGUUCGCGAUUUGAGUGUCAAAAUCGCCCUGGCUGUUAUACAAGAGGCUGUACGAGAAGGCUUAGCGCGGGAAGAGGGAAUCCCAAAAAAAGAUAGCGAAAUUGUUGAGUGGAUUCGCGUACAGAUGUGGGAACCCACCUAUCGGCGCCUCGAGAGGAUCGAUUGA